AGGACCCCACCGACACCAGACAGAAAUCAGUCGACUUGAGUGAAACGGAAGCUACGGAACGUUGAGAACAUCCAUGGAUUCGGCGAGAAUAUUGUGCGUUGCGGGCUUGAUAUGCGUGGCACUAGCUUCCCCGUUGCCCCUGCGAGCGGCUGCCCCGGGAGCGGAUGGAGACAACGGAAAGCUACCACCAUCUAGUGAGGGACGAGCGGCACCUGCCCUACCAGUCCACCACGUGGAGAAGCGGGCCGCAGUUACAGUCGAGAAAGAGGUCAAAAUCCAGCCGAUUCAUCCCAAUGCUCUCCAGGACACUGGUGAACUUUUACGUUUGGUCGCCCUGCUGCCGGCAAAAAGCCUUCAGUUGGUUCGCGACCUAACGGUCCCGAUACUCGACCAGUCCCUCGCUGUUCCCGCGAGUCUCCUCGAGACUGCACUUGGGAAACGCGCCGCAUUAGAUUUGCUGCUGCAUAAGAAAAUUCCCCCACCGGCAGAGCAAGCGCCCGAACUCGGCCCCGAAAAGAUGCUCGGCGUCGGCGGUCAGCUGAAGCAUAAAUUUCUGACCUUGGAACAUCUGCUUCUGAACCCUCAUGGCCUCGUCAAAACGAAGGAUAUCUCCGCAGAACCCGCCGCUUUGGAGAAGGACCUGCUCAUCAAAACCCCACUCAAGACAGUUGACAUCAAAAUUGUUGCCGCGCCGGAUCUUGAAGCCCUGACUACGACUCCGGGGCCUAUAACCACGACUGCUGUUCCCCCUCCUUAGACUCAGUUGACGCAGUCACCUCUUAUACGUUCGAGGAGAGAAAGUUGUGAAUCUCCCGCGAGCAAAAAAUUUGUGAAUCUUCUGCGAGCAAAACAUUUGUGAAUCUUUCGUUUCGAAGACACGAUAAUCCCUCAUCUAAAAUGACCUUAUGCAGAUGAUUAUCUGGUGACUUCACGAAUAAAUAAUCAGUCU